CGGACGGCCCCCCGAAGCGAGGCGGAGCAGAGCGCGGCGGGGUACGGGGCCCCAGUGCGCCCCAGAGCCGUGGGCGCUCAUGGCAGGCGGAGGAGCCGGGGACCCCAGCCGUGGGGCGGCCGCCUCCGGGGCGCCCGAGACCCGAGAGCACCUCUUCAAGGUGCUGGUUAUCGGCGAGCUUGGCGUCGGCAAGACCAGCAUCAUCAAGCGCUACGUCCAUCAGCUCUUCUCCCAGCAUUACCGAGCCACCAUCGGGGUGGAUUUCGCCCUCAAAGUCCUCAACUGGGAUAGCAGGACCCUGGUGCGCCUGCAGCUGUGGGAUAUUGCUGGGCAGGAGCGGUUUGGCAACAUGACCCGAGUAUACUACAAGGAAGCUGUGGGUGCAUUUGUAGUCUUUGAUAUAUCAAGAAGUUCCACAUUUGAGGCAGUCUUAAAGUGGAAAAAUGAUCUGGAUAGCAAAGUUCACCUUCCCAAUGGCAACCCUAUCCCCGCUGUGCUCCUAGCUAACAAAUGUGACCAGAAAAGGGAUGGUGGUCAGAAUCCCUCCCAGAUGGACCAAUUCUGCAAAGAACAUGGCUUCACUGGAUGGUUUGAAACCUCUGCAAAGGACAACAUAAACAUAGAUGAAGCCUCCCGAUUCCUAGUGGAGAAUAUUCUUGCAAACCACCAAAGCUUCCCUAAUGAAGAACAUGAUGUGAGCAAAAUUAAACUGGAUCAGGAGACCUUGAGAGCAGAGAGCAAAUCUCACUGUUGCUGACACAGUCUGUUUCUCUGGUGCCUGCCUGGCUUGAGUGAGUUCCAGAAAAUGGAACAUGGAAGAUGCACAGGACGCGGCCUCUUCCCACAAGUGCCCCCUCUACAGCGUCACCAUUUCCCUAUGUGAGCAUGGCAUCUGUGGGGAAGUGUCCUGGAGGCUCUGCAACCUGCAAAAAGUGACUCGGGCUGCUAGAUGCUGUUGCCAUCAGAUUGAGGACAACGUUUACAACUUUCACACAGCCUCUGUGGGGUCAUUCCUGGGGCUACAGUGGAAUUCCAAGUAGAUUCUAGGGUGAAUGUUGUGGUGGUAACAAAUUUUUACCUGCAGUGUUAUGGGCAUUCUGAGUCUGUAUUUAUGCCUGUUUUCCCCUGCUCACUUCACAGUGAGGUUUUUAGACUAUGUCAGCCACAAAGCCUGGGUGUUUCCUUUUAGUUCUUCUAUUCAGAAGAUUUAUGCUUCAUGUAAAAUUGUUAUGGUUAAAUACUAAAAUCCCAGCGCAGUCAAGGCUGGCUUGGCAUGUGGUCACUCCCCUUAAACACACCACAGCACCCUUCCCAAUUACUCAGUUAGGGGUAGCACCUUGGAUCCUGUCGCUAACACUUGGAAACAUUAAGCAACCUUUGGCAUUUCCUCUUCUCUCCUUCCUGGGCUCAGGUUUGUAGCUGAGGGCUUCAUUGACAUUUGCUGCCCCAGUUCUCUCUCAAAUCUGUAAUCAUCUUGGUGAAGACAUGAAUGUUUUCAAAGCACUUACACAUAAACCCAGCUUACACUUUAUGGGCUGUGAAAGGAACUACAUCAUCUAUGCUGCUCAGACUCUUGAAAUAUUACCCCUACGAAGCUGCAGGUGAAUGCGUAGUAUCUGUGCUAUCGCCUCAGUGCAGGAAAGGAUGCAUAUUUUGACUGAAGCCUUCAUUUUGAAUUAAUGUAAUUCUAGAAAGACAACGUGUGGUAUACCUUUUUGUGUCAGAAAAUUUUGUGUUUGCAUAUCACUUUUGUCAUUUAUGAGACUUGAUUUUCUGUGCAAGGUUCUAUUUCCCUCAAUGGGACACUAAGGGGGUUUACGACAUAACCCAAAGCUAAGGAAGCAUCAAAUAUUUACACCAAACAUAUCCAUGAAGUGCAUUUGGAUUUUAAAGAUCUUUGAAGUUAGAGCAGAAAAAAGCGCCAGCAUAAAAAUGUGUUCGUUUGGAAAACUGUGUUGUGAGAAUAAACAUACUGUCAUGCACUCUAAAACAUAACGGUCUUCUCAUCAGAGUUGUUGCUUGACCUGACGUCAUCGACAAGAUUAGGAUCCAUUUCUGAAUAAAUGCUGACAUUUCGGACCAUGUAUGAGGGUAUUUCUAAAAGUCUAUAAAAAUAAUAUUUAAUAAUGAGCUUAUUUUUGGGUAGAAAUUAUAUUCAUGAAGGCAAUCGGAUUUUCAAAAAAUAUUAAUGAACGUGACCAUUACGAUGAAUUUUCCAUUUUGUACCAAAAUAAAUUUAUCUGCAAAUUCCAUGUCUUGUGGAGUUUUUAAAUAUCCUUGUUUUCUACAUGAACUACAAUUUCAUGAGUUAAGUGAUGAUUAAUAUUUAAUUAGAUUAACAUUUAAUAAGAUUUAGUAAGAUAGUGUCUUUCAAUUUUUUAUAAAACAAUUUUUUAUAUAAUAAUUAGCUUUCUCUUUCUACAAGAUUUGUGCUUGUCUAAAUUUAGGGUUUUUUUUUUUUUACUACAGGUAUAAAGUACAACCUUUUUAUCUUUUAUUGUAUUUCGAAGUCUACUGGUGUAAAUAUUGUGAAAUGUUGAUGCCAAACUCAAAACAGUGGAAGUACAAAGUUUAUCCUGCGUAAUCCUUGGAAGAAGUUGACGUCUACUUGGAAUUUGAUUUUCUAUAUAUUGAUUUUAAGCAAGGGAUGCAUUAUAUUUUAAUGGAUUUAGCUAAGCAUUCCAAAUCAGUAGCCUUGUACUUUCUUUGUACAAACUUAUCUGUUAUAUUCUCUUGGUGUAACUUUAGGGACAAAAAUACCUUAAAUAGUUAUUUUCUGUAAACAUUCAGAAUUCUGUUGUUGCUGUGAGAUUUUCAAUAUAUUUAGCAUUCUCUACUGUUUAGAAAUAAACCUGAAAUUGUACAUCACUUUUAAAUUCUCGCCACAGUUUAUUACUGUAAAUUGAGCGUAAAAUUUGGACUUAAGGUAAGAUACAUCAAUAAUCAGAGAACACAGAAAAUACUUUGUACACUUUGAAGGAAACACAAAAUCUGCGCACACACCACUAGCUAUGAUACCCAAAUUAGAGGCUCUAGCAUCAACUAAAAAGAUAAGAGUCACCUCUUUCUGUGAGUCUCAGGAAUUACAAAACUGUGCUAUCUCUGCCCUCGAUGACACUCGUGUAUGUCAAACAUUCAGUAAUGUUUGUAAAACUAACUCAUUUCAAGGACUAUUUCAAGGUGUGGUUCACUUCCAAACUAUCGUGAAUGAAGCUGAGCUGCUCAAUGAAAUUUCUGUGUCUUAUUUCAAGUUUAUUUAGUUUGUGGAGAUUAAGCUCAAAAAUCUGUGCUUCCAUGAAAUCUCAAAUUGUUCCAUUUGAAGUCCUCCUAUAGUAACCUGCAAUGAAGAGUAAUGAGCUUGGACUUACGGUAUUGCUCAAAACACGAUCACGUGAUAUGUAACAGUUGCAAACCUUUAUGAAUCGUUAUGAUGAAAAAAGUCUGAACACCUCAAAGAGUGAACAGCAGCAACAGUGGCAGUUAUGCACUGAACAAAACAGAAGUCUAGGACUCUAACAGGGUGAACUAAUCUGCAACUCUCGUUGCUACAGCUGGGCAGCCGUUUAGAAAAACAAGAAGUUGUAUUUCUACCUUACAGCUUCCCCAAAUGAAACAAACUGGGUAUUGCUCUAAGUGUAAAAUGAAUAAAACUACAAAGAUUGUAGCAGAGAUGGAAAAAAUGCUGAUUUUAGCUAAGAAAUAUUUUAUACUAUCAAAUGCUGAAAAUUAAUGAGACGACAUCAAAAUGCCUCCGAUAGUGAGAGAAUUUUGUCCCCAACUUACAGUAAUUUAACUUAGGAUUUUUCAACUUUGUUGUGCUGCAAAAGCAAUACACAUUCGAAAGAAAUCAUACUUGGAAUUUUCUAUCAUUUCUGUCAUUUCCUGGGCUAUUGGCAAUGGUAACAGCCAGUCAGCUAUGCAAUCAAAAAGCUGAAUUUUGCAUUCAGUGCAACAUGUGGCUGAGUUACAAGAUUUGGUACAUCAGGUGAUUUCAACAAACUUUGAACUUAGUAUUUUCAAUGUCUGGCAGAUAUAUUGGGAUGUAACACCAUUUUCAGUAGACAAUCAUUUGUAUAAACAAAUUGAAAAAAGUAGUUGCAGCUCAUUUAAUUAGAUGAGGAUUAAUGAACUCAACAAGAAAGGGACCUUAAAAGUCUAAAAGUGAAAUCAUUGACAGCACUCGUCACAAGACAGUAAGAUAAGAACUUACAGGAAGCCACAAUAAAAGCAAAGUUCACUUGGCUCACGGAAGGAGAAAGUAAAAGUCAAGCCUAGAGAAUAUCUGAAAAGUAACUAUGAUGAAGAUAGCAUACGUGAAAGCCUCUAAGCUAUGUACAACAUAUUGCCCAAAGAAAAUGCUGAAGGCUAAGUAAUUUAAAAAAUAAAUGGAUGAACCUUCCCUUUACAAUAAAUGUGCUUAUCAACCUUACAUAAAUUGGAUAUAUUCUACAACGUAAGCAGCAGUAUGAUGAAUUCAUCACUGAAAUCAUCAUGAUAAAAAAAAAAACUUAAAUAUUCUUAACUCUGUGAUCAGAAAGAAAGGGCUGCUGACUUUGACCACUUCUUUUCUAAUCCUCCAGACUUGCCCGUGAAAGCUUAGGAUGGAAAGGGUUAACCUUGAACAAUGGCAAGUAUGGAAUAAAUCAUGAAGACUUGAAGCUGUGAACAAGAAGGGGUUGGAUCUCAGCCCAUCCCCCAACCCUUAGAGAGGCAAACUCCAUCCCAAUCCCUUUCUUCUAUUGGGAAUACCAAGUCUCCUACUGAAAGAAGUGAGAAAAUCUUGGAUCCUGGUGCCCCUUCCUUGCCCUCAAAACCAAUACCCAUCCUAACCCCUGACUGCUGCUUUUAUGUCCUUGGUAUUUACUUUCAAUUAUCAUUCUGAAGUGUUAAAAAGCAUUCUCUUCCAGGUGGCAGGGUUCUCUUCGCUGUAACUCAGCAGCCCUGCACUCUGUCACAUGCUGUGUGAGGUGCAGCCAUUUGAAGGCAGGCAAAAUUUGCAAAAUUCAAGUUUGGAAAUGAUACCACAGGUUUCUCUAUUCAAUCAUUGUAAGUGUUGAGAAGUUCCAAGAACAACAGAGAUUUAGAAAGAGAGCUUAUUUUGAGUUAGAGGGUACCUGCCAGCCCCAAACGCAACAUAGUACACAUCCUGAAACCGUUGCAGGCUGGUUAGGACUGCGCCAAGAUGUGGGGAAAGAACACAGCUACUGUCUUCCCUAUGUAACGUCACUUACAUCUGUGUAUCUAUGACUGAGGAAUUACAAACACUAUGCUGAUUACUCAAGAGCAGUGUUCCUGUUGAUUGCAAAUGAAAGGAUAAGUUUAUAUGUACAAAUGCUUCAGAUGAGAAGUAAUCAGCAUUGAGUUCAGCUU